AUGAGGGGAGUGAUGCGAUUUCGAAAGAAUGGGAAGCUCAGCCCCGGAUUUAUUGGACCUUUUGAGAUCCCUCAAAGGAUGGGGAGACUAGCAUACAGAGUUGCCUUACCCCCAGAUUUAGUAGGGACGCAUGAUGUUUUUCAUGUCUCAAUGUUAAGGAAGUACAUUGCUAACCCCGACGUGGUUGUGGAAUACGAUCCGUUGGAGAUCCAGGAAGGACUGAUAUACACUGAGGAGCCGGUGAAGAUCAUGGACCGAAAGGAGGAAGCACUACGUACCAAGACGGUUCCCAUCAUUAAGUUGACUAAGAAAGAGUUUGCUUUCCUCUACAGGGUUAUGACACCAAUGCGAGUUGAUCCAAAUUGCAUGUCGAACUACUCAUUCUGUGAGUUGAUAGACUUGGGUGUCGAGAUUGAUGAGGACUAG